CCAUCUUGGCGUCUUCUAUUUGCAAGCGCAAGUGCAACCGGGUGCCCCCCCGAGCCCCCGUUCUAUAACAUUCAACGGCCCCCGGCCCUCGUCGGUUCUCAUUCGUUCUGUGCCGCCGUCUGGCCUUGGCUUCUGCAGCUCCGCCUCGAUAUUGCAACCCCCGAUCCGCAAGACCGACUCAGACACAACAAAGGAGGCAGCUCGGUCCAGGAGCCAGCAGCACUUUGGUCCGAACAAGCACCCAAACUAAACCCAAGCACAGCCCCCCAGCCCUCAACCCAUCCACGGAGCUGCUUAUCAGACGCUUGGUAGCUGCUCUCGCUCCGUUUCAAAACAGACCGGCCCGCCGCCCCCCUCGCUACUAGGGCCCCAAGUCCAUCGCUCGCUCCCAACGGCCCGAUCUAGUCUCUUCCUUUCCCGCGCCGGCUCCAUCCUCUUGACCUAGGCCGAGAAUCAAAUCCUUUCUGCGUGUUGGCGCCGCUCGAGACUUUGGAAUUGGCCCAGUCCGAGACUUGUGAAAUCCCUUAUUCCGUGUGCUGCGAUCCGGAGUUCUCUUCCAUCCGCCGUCGCAUCGCUCCUCCUCCCGAGCUUGCGUCCAAACCACGUUGACUCUCCUCUCCCGACGCCCCGCGCAUCAAUUGGUGCCCUGGCGUGUCCAAGCGACCAAAGCAUGAAGUACGGCGAGCAGUUUGAACAAGAUUCGGUCCCAGAAUGGAGUCUUCACAAUAUCGACUAUAAUAGUCUCAAGCACCACAUCAAAGCCCACACGACGAAAGGGCAGGGCGUCCGGGCCAUCACGAUUCCGGGUCACCAAGAUGCCCAGCUGGGAAAGUUUGAGGAAGACUUCUACGCCGAGCUGUGCCGCCAACAUGACCGCGUCGGCCUCUUCGUCACUAGCAAGGCCGAGGAGCUUUCGCGCCGCCUCCAACACCUGUCCAAUUCCAUCCACAACACCCUCCGACUAUGUGCCCGACGCAAGAUGUCGGCCAAGCGCCAGCGCAGGCUGAUGCGCUACGGCCAGGUGGCUCUCCAGUGCGGUGACGAGAUCCGCGAUCUCCUGCGGUUCAUCGGCGCACAGGCCACGGCGUUCGGCAAAAUUCUCAAGAAGUACAGGAAGUGGACAGGUUCGCAAUCGCUCGGCGUCCGAUUCAAGGAAAACGUGCUCUCGGACUCCAAGGGCUUCACCAACCGCGACUUUCACCAGCUCGAGACGCAGUACGAGGACCUGAUCAACGAGAUCCGCGCAGCCACCCCGCCAGACUCGGGUUCCGUCACCCCGGCUGAUCGACCGACGACGCCCGCACGACGCCACAGCGGGCAACAUCAGCCCGAGGGGAUAGUGGUGCUACCGACCCAUUUCGGUGACCACCCCCAACAACAUCAACAACCAACCAGCUACUGGAACGAGUACGACAACGGCAGCGAGGCUGGGGACAAUGACGGCGGUUACGUCAUCUAUAUCAACCCCGAAAACGAAGAAAUAAGAAUUCCCGGGUUUUCGGCCCUGGCCGCUCUUCUGUCCAUACCGGUUGAGACGGCCAAGGCAUGGAUCGCUACGCGCAGCAGUUCCGAGAGGCAACCGCUGUUGCACACGGCCAACGACAGUAACACCCAACCCCUCAACCAUGGGCUGACCAUAUCAGGCUCCUACGGAACCGUCACACCACACAGCCGCGACGGCGGUGCAAACACGGCAGGGCCAUCGGCGGCGGCUGGAUACAGCGGGGAUGAGGAAGAUCUGGACCUUGCUAGUGAUGAGGACACCGAGUUCCCCAACGGCUACGAUGCCCGCUUCGCUGCCUUGCCGUCUAUCAACGACCAGCGCAUAGCGCGCUACAGGGAUCGGAUGUUGUUCCGGGGCACGAUCGGGGCUAACGCGGCCGCCCUCGUGCUCCUGGGCGUGGCCGCGCUGCUCAUAGUGACGGGCAAGCACAAGCUGCGGGCCGAGGUGGACGCGGGCGUCAUCUUGGGCGUCAUGUCGAGCCUGGGAUGCGCCUGCGUGGCGCUGGGCAUGACACUCACGCGAGAAGGGCCCGCGGGGCAGGGUGUGAGCCUCGUAAACGCGCUGUUGGUUUACGCCUCCUUCACCGGGAUAUGUGUUCUUAAUGGAGCACUGCUCGUGCUAGUUGUGGGCAAUACGGGCCUGCAGUAAAGCCAACAUUGGCCACAACGUUUUUAUUUUCUUUUGUUUGGGUAGUUUCCUGCUUUGGCCUGGGCCCCAGACCAAAAGCCCCAGCAGGACUGUAUUUUUUUCUUUUCUUUUCACGAGCGGGCUUGCAUCAAAUUCCACAGUAUAUCUCUGUUACAUUUGUGGACAGAGAUGAUAAUGUAUCUCACUCAAGCGACCGAAGAUAGGGGCGGUCACGUCUUGGCGCAGGCAAGCGGACGGCAGGCGGCUAAAGUGAAAAGAUGUGUUGAUAGCUGCAGGCUGCUUUUGGAUUUUUUUUUUUUUUUUUUGCUAUAACGGGCUGCACUACGAGCGAUGUUGCACCAUGGCCACCCCGAGCGCGGAAGUCGGAACCGGCAUCAAAAAAGUUUUCCUAGAGGAGCAAGCCAUAUGUUGUGUAUUACAGCAAGGAUCUGGUCUUGGAAAAGCUUAAGUCGAUCUCCUAAGGAUGCUUAACUGGAAAGGAGAAUCUGGCUCCAGUCCAGUGGUUAGAUAAAAUAGUGAGAAUAUAGGCAAUCCAAAUGCGUUUGCACGAGUGGUAUUUUGGUAUAACGCCGCUUACUCGCAC